AAAAUGUCAAAAAAAGAAAAAACCUACUCAGUAGAGCCGGGUGUUGCUCUGUGAAUUUUGUAAAGUGUUUCCAAUUUAUUACAUUACAAGCUUAGUGACCAGUAAUAAUUGCAUUAAUUGGCUCAACUAACAGAAGUAAAAUAAAUCCAAUCAAAUUAAGGACAGCCGAUUCGAUUCGAAUCAAAGACUUCCACAGUGUUUUAUAAUCCACACCAUUUAAGUCAAGUUUUUUUUUUUAAUCCAAGCUGGUCUGCAAUAAGCAAGAGUUUGGGUUGCUUCCACUGAAACUACAGAAUGGACAUCCUCAGCAAUGGCCGAAAUAAAUCACAGUUCGCCAGCAACAAAAGGAAACGCAAGUCCACAUCAACAGAAAGCUCCGAUCUCAGUAAACCGUCAAAAAGAGCUUACAUCGAGGACUACAGUUCCGAUUCCAUUUCGUCUGCAGAUCAUUAUUCAUCAUCACCAAUAGCUACGCCACCAUCCAUCAGUAAUAUAUUAAGUCCGGACACAACAUCGAAAGACGAUCCUGACAUUACAUCACGUGUGAAUAAUCCUCCGUACGAGACCAAUGUGUCAUGUUUUGUUACGCCCCUGUCCGAUUUGCGUUUGUGUCCGUUGCCGGCGUUAGCUUGGGGGGAAUCGAAAGAUAUUUGGAAGUUAAUGUGCAGGAAGGACGAAAUGGCAUCGCUGGAAAGAAAUCCUGAUAUGCUGGCCUAUCAUCCGGGAUUACAAUCUCGCAUGAGAGCUAUAUUAUUAGACUGGUUAAUCGAAGUUUGUGAUGUGUACAAAUUGCACCGUGAAACUUACUAUUUGGCUGUUGACUAUUUGGAUCGAUUUCUGUCAGCCAAAAAUGAGAGUUCAAAAACUCCGAAAACGCGCUUGCAACUAAUCGGCAUCACAUGCCUAUUUGUUGCGGCUAAAGUAGAGGAAAUAUAUCCGCCAAAAAUUGGCGAAUUCGCUUAUGUUACGGAUGGUGCUUGCGAAGAGGAAGACAUCAUCUAUCAAGAACAGAUACUUUUAAGUACAUUGGGAUGGAAAACCAGUGCGGUUACUAUAAUCGGCUGGUUAAGCGUUUACAUGCAGUUGUAUGUUAGCAAUCGGACACCGAAAACUUUAAAUAAAAAUUCUAAACAAAAUGAAAAUGUCAAAGAUGAUGAAGCGUUUCUGUAUCCGCAAUUUUCUGGAUUCGAAUUUGUACGAGCCACACAGUUGUUAGAUCUGUGUACAUUAGAUGUUGAAAUGGCCAGCUUUUCGUAUUCAAUACUUGCAGCAUCAGCGAUUGCGCAUACUCUGAAUAAAUCUAUUGCACUGAAGGUGUCCGGUUUCGAGUGGAAUAUUAUUGAGCCAUGCUUUCGAUGGAUGCAGCCAUUUUAUGAUGUGAUUAGCGAAUCAUCGGAAAUACUGUUGUUGGAAAAGAACGAACAAGUAAAUUCUACGUCAGAUUCUCAUAAUAUAUGUCCAAACAUGACCACAGACGAUUCGCACAUAAUUCAAACACACAACACAUCAUUAGACAUGCUGGAUAAGGUCAUAGAAUUUAAGCAAAAGUAUGAAUUGACGUACGAAAAAACCGUUAGACAAGAGGCAUCACCCGCGCAAUUACCCGUUCUUACAUGUCCGGAAGGUUUGCUGACACCGCCGGCAACAAUUCGAAAGUCCAGUGAGAACACCGAACCCAGCACCACACAACCGAAAAUACUGUAUCAGUAACUUAUUUAUUUAAACAAACAAAAAACCAAUAGAAAGAAAGGAGAUGUGUACGGAAGCGCUUGAUGGAAGUAUACGGUGUGUGUGAAGUUAGGACUGUAAGAAGGAAAAAUUGAAAUUUUCCCUUUUUUCCCUUUCAUCGUGAAGUGAGUCUAGCUAAAAUUACAAUUAAAAAACAAAAGAAUCAACUUAAACAAUCAACUACUGCAAUUCUUGAUGGAAAUUGAAUUCAUUUCCUUUUUACUUUUUAUUCUUGUAAACGGAAAAUUGUAAACACUUUUUGGAAGAAUGACAUUUCAUUCAAGUAAUGUACCUUAAAACCAAUAGAAUAAAUUAAUUUUUUUAGGAUCUUAUAUAUCUUUGGAGAAGUGAGGAUUAUCCAUCACUUCGGUGUGCACUUUUUUUUAAAGAAAAAUAUUUUGGAAAAAUAAAAGACAAAAACGUUUUUAAUCUC